AUGAUGAAGAGAAAUAGAGGAAUUAGUGACAAUAAAGAAGCUGUGAACAGCAAGACAAAGAGGAGGAAGCCAGAUCCGGUGUUGCAUUCGACACUGCUGACCCAUAAUGAUUAUAACGUGGGAUGGAUCUACGCUCUGUCAAAGGAGCAGACUGCGGCAACCGCCAUGCUGGAUUGGAGACAUGCCGAUCUCCCAAAUCCACCGAAUAACCCAAACACUUAUACCCUCGGGUCCGUUGGCAAACACGACGUCGUCAUAGUUUGUCUACCCAAAGGACAGAUCGGUAACAAUUCAGCGGCGACCGUUGCAACUAGCAUGAUUUCCACUUUUCCUUCUGUCAAGUUCGGCAUGAUGGUUGGUAUCGGCGGCGGUGUUCCGCCGAAAGUUCGACUUGGUGAUGUGGUGGUCAGUACACCCGUAGGCCAGUUUCCAGGCGUGGUCCAAUGA